UCUCCUCCCUCUGCCCCCCUUUUUUAACGCAUAAGACAAGUCAGAGCUCACACACGGCUGCCAGAGCAAACAAGACACAGUAGAAGAGCGUACUUUGGGUCAUGAUGGUGUUUGGAUGUGUAUGGUGCGCAGCGCUGUGAGGGGCAGGUGGACGGGCUGCUGGAGUCGCGUCUGUUCAAGUGCGAGCUGAAACUUUCACCAGCUUUUAAUGUUGCCAACCGAGAUUUCGGGAGGAGUGUGUUUCACUUCAAGCGAUCACACUGAGGGAAGGAGAGAAGGGAUGAAAACAGAGGAGAACCAGCAGUCCUGCCUGCAGCAGACUCCAUCCUCCACACCGUUUGGUCCGGACUGCAGAGGGGGAGAGGUGUGCGCGGGCUGCGAGGCGCCCAUCGCCGACCGCUUCCUGCUGCGCGUCAACGAGCGCUCCUGGCACGAGACGUGCGUCAAGUGCGCGGUGUGCCUGAGUGCUCUCACCGGCACCUGUUACUGCCGGGACCGCCUGCUGUACUGCAAGCACGACUACGAAAAGCUUUUUGUAAGAAAGUGCAGUGCCUGCCUGCAAGUUGUUGGACGCUCUGAGCUUAUAAUGCGCGUGCUAGGCCAGGUGUACCACCUGGACUGCUUCAGCUGCUGUGAGUGUGAACGCCGGCUGCAGAGAGGUGAUGAGUUCGUGCUGAAAGAAGGCCAGCUGCUCUGUCGCAUGGACUAUGAAAAGGAGAGGGAAAUGCUGGCCGCUAUUAGUCCCACGCCAACCGAAUCAGUUAAAAGUGAGGAUGAAGAUGGUGGUGGGGGAUCUGGCAGUGGGAAAGGUGGUGAUGAAGGCAAGGAGCAUAAGCGUUCAAAACGACCGCGCACCAUCUUGACCACACAGCAGAGGCGAGCGUUCAAGGCCUCCUUUGAAGUGUCAGCUAAACCGUGCCGGAAGGUGAGGGAGACGUUGGCUGCUGAGACUGGGCUGACGGUGCGUGUUGUGCAGGUGUGGUUUCAAAAUCAGAGAGCCAAGAUGAAAAAGAUAGCUCGCAGACAGCAGCAACAGCAGCAGCAGCAGCAACAAGAACAAGAACAACUGGGAGGAAGCAGGAGAGGACCGAGCAGAGGGGGCCGCCAAAGCAAUGAUGACAGCGAGGAUGGGUCUAGUACCCAUGGCAUGGACGGGCUGCUGGGAUAUCCAUCGCUGCCCCGCCAGCAGCUACUUGCUCUGGACCCCAACAUUUAUGCUGCAGAGCCGUUUCGACAUGGGCUUACACCACCUCAGCUGAACAGUGAGCAACUCCACUCCUAUGACUCAGAGACGGUCUUCCACGAUUUAGACAGCGAUGGAAGCCUUGGUCACCUAGGCGACUGUCUCUUAGCAACAGGGGAAGGUGCGCUCAUGGCAGGACGAGUGGGAAACCCCAUCGACCGUCUCUACUCCAUGCAGAACUCCUACUUUGCCUCCUGACCCUCAUAAACUGUCACUCUUUCCUCUCCUGUUCCACUGUUCACCUCAGAGAUGCAGCUAAUAGAGUCUAUCCAUUAACAUGCCUGUGGAAUCACUCUACGUUAUAAAUACACUGCCCACCUGAGCUUUUAAUACCGGCUAAUAACAUCACAUGGUUGACAUAGUCAUAAUAUCACUAUGUGAAUAAGCAUCAUUUCCCAUACCCUUAUGUAGAUAGGAAUCACAUGCUGGAAGUACACUGCAAAUGUCCAAUACAAUGGACCUUAAUCUCUCCUCUUGUAUUUAUAUUCAGUGAAACAUAUUUCAUAGCACUUUCCAACAAUAUAAAUAGAUAAAAUGAUACUUACACCUACCAAUAUGUAUAUCAUGAACUACAGAUAAGUGAUGACGGUGAAUUCAUCAAUGAAGUUACAUGUAUUUAAGAGUCUUUGCAGGUCUUAUGUGCAGCUGAGGAUCUAAAUUAUAUUAGUUAAAUGUGUGACUUCUUGUUUUGCCAGGACUAGUUUUAAUUAAGAUGUGUGAAUGAUGGCAUUGUAUACAAUAAUGUAUACAGAUUGGACUAGAAUUUUUCUCUCAGGUUAGUGUGUAUGUUUAUAUAACCUGAGCCUCAACUCAGGAUAUUGUGCUGGAUAAGACAAUGUAACUCUCCCAUUGGUAUCAAAAACAUAAAUUGCAAACUCUGUGUGUAAAAUAUUUAUUUCAAACCACAUCAUUAAUUUUUGAUAAUGCAUGACAGCUAUAUUCUGAACCAAAAAAUGUGUUUUUUAGUGUUUUUUUUAAUUUUAAAUGACAGAUCAUACGACAGGGUAAUUUGAAGAGCCUUACGCAGAAACAGGGUUAUUUAAGUCAUUUUUUUGCUUUACCUUUUCCUUUAUAAUGUAAGCAUUAUAAAACAAUACUAGAAAUUGCAACCAAAAUUUCUGUAAUGUCCCAAAUUUAAAAAUACUGGGUACAUGAUCAUGUUUUCAAAAUGUAAAUGUGACUAUGACUGUGUUACAAUUUAUUGUUGUAAUCACUUUCUAUAAUCAUUUCCUUGUCACACAAUCCAUACUAGAUGCUGUUGGGUAGAUAUUUUGUACCAUCUGUGAUAAUCAGCAAAUAUUUUAACUGUAGCAUGAUAUAAACCUAAAUAUUUAUGUGCCAAAAAGUGGGUCUAAAGAACUAACUUCCAAAUUUGAGUUGGCUAGAAAUGUUUGCUGAAAGCAUCAGAAUAGAUUCAUCAAGUGGUGCAGAAUAAAAUAGGAUUAGGAUGAUACUUGUUUAAUUAGACGCCAGUGAUUGGCUACAGUCUGUGGUAUUCUUUUGACACUAUGUUCGACUCUGAUAACUGACUUAUUGUGUUUUUAUAGUGAUAUCAUUGUGAAUGUAACUUAUUUGUGUGGUAUUAGCUGAGUUCUUAACUUACUUUUUUGUUCAGUGACUGCAAGGUGAUGUGCUUUGAAUGUAAUGUUGCUGUAUCUUCAAUACAGUUUUAUCUUUGAACCACAAUUGCCUUAUUUGUCCCAAAUACAAUAAAUGAAGAUGA